AUGUGUACAAACAUUGAGGGAGAUGAUGCUGAUAAGGAUCCAGCAGCAAACAAGGGCCACAAAUUAGCAACUGUAGCCAAAUUUCUGAAUGGUGCUUUGCCUAGCCAGGUGGGUCGAACUCAAUCUGACAAUGAUAGAGUGGCAUCAGUAGGUACCUCAACCACAAGGACGUGGGGGGUUUCCUCCCUAUUUGGAAGCCGAGGAUCAUCAGUAGGGAAUUCAUCUAAGAGACAUGCUGCUGAAGUAGUGCAUGAUAUUGACCAGGCACCUCCUGUUAUACAAUUGAAAAAUCCACCAUCAAUCUUGAGGCCUGGAGAAACUGAAACAGAGUACCAAGUGGAGAUUAUAGUGACGAAAAUACUCGUAACAUCUUACUAUGAUAUUGUGAGGAGGAAUAUACAGGAUUUGGUUCCAAAAGCUAUUAUGCAUUAUCUGGUCAAUCAUGCUAAGAGGCAUCUUCUUGGCACGUUCAUAGAGAAAUUGUACCGAGAGAACCUUUUUGAAGAUUUGGUGCAAGAGCAGGACGAAGUUGUCACUAAGAGGAGGAGGACUGUAGAGAUGUGUCAUGCUCUGCAACAAGCUGUCGAGACACUCGAUGAGUUUGUAGCUGAUAUUUCUACACAAAGGUCAAGUGAUAGUAUGGAUGCAUUGCCAAAAUCUUCUUACCUUUCGUCAGACUUUUACUCGAAUUCAAGAUCUUAACAUCUAGGUAAUCUGAAUCUUGUAUAAUACUCCAUGAGUUAAUGUGUCAUUGCCUCCAUCUGUAUCCACUGCUUGUUCAUUCGAGGACUUCAGUACGAAGCGAGAGUCCACAUUUUUACUGACAUGUCACCUGAUGGAACUAUUGAAGCAUCUAUUAGAUAGAUAAACUUGUAUAGUAGUAUGUGUUGUGAGUUACUUGUAUAGUAGUAUCUGUUUUGGAGAUACUGUCCAGUUUUGCUCUAAAGAUUACAAUUACAGUGUUUUCUUCUGAUUUCUGCUCUCCGCUAGGUAGGUGGGCUAUAUACUUAUAUAUGUAGCUUCCAAAGUUUACUGUU